AUGGAGCCAACAUCCACUCACAUCGUCCUCAAAACCCCCGAACUCCUUAUUAUAAUUCUCUCUCAACUUCCCUUCAUAGACCUCCUCAUCAGCUGCACCGCCGUCUCCAAAACAUGGCACAACACCAUCCUAACCACACCCUCCCUCCUCCGUAUCCUAUACAUGCAUCCCGCACAGCCUCAUAUUCCAACAGGUCUACACCCAUUCCUCAAAGAAAAAGACUUAUUUCCACUUUAUCUCCAGUUCCCGCGCCACGAACGCCAGCAUCCUGGGCUCGCUGGCGCUUUCCACGAUCCAUUUCUUUAUCGAAGUCCAGAGCCAACAGAAGCGACUCCGCUCGAGCGCUUCAAUUAUGAGAAUGCGAGCUGGAGACGUAUGCUAGUUCUUACGGGCUUGCCGCUCAUUACGAGAGCGAGGGUUAAGGAAUCGAUUGAGGUUGGAAGGGGAAGGAUGGCGGGUGUGUAUGAGCGGAAUAGUGUUAUGUUCUUUGCGGAGGGCUUUAAACUGGGUGAUUUGUGGCAGUUGUGUAAGAAGAGGUGGUGUACACGCAUGCAGCCUUUGCAGGCUGUGGUGAAAUUACAGUGGAUAAGGGAAGACAGGAAGCGGAGUGUGGUAUUUCAUAGUAAGAUCGUGAACGAUACGGCUUAUGAAGGUGGCAAUCAAGGAUUUUUAGGCUGGGUAGUGGGGAUUAGGGAAAGGAGGAGGGAGAGAGAGAAGGAGAAGAGGAAUAGAGAUGAUCAGAUGGCGUUGGAGAGGUUGAGUGGGGUGCAGUAUGGGAGGGGUGGCGAGGGAAAGCUGGGCGAAGAGGAAAUUGAAGUUGAGCUUGUGAUGGUGAGGGCUCCUACAAGAUUUGUAAAGGAGGAGGAAUUUAGGGAUUGCUUGAGGGAUGAAUUGGUGAGGAAAGGGUUUGUGAAGGUGGGCGUGCUUAGUCGUUGA